CGAAUUCCAGCCCUUCAAGUUGAGUUCCCAUCAAAUCUCUCGAAUUAUGUACGGCAGGCACAGCAUAAUUGCAUUCUCACUUCUGCAAAUGGCCAUUUUGUCCUUUGAAAUAACUCUCCCCUUUCCCGCCACAAAUUGAAAUCUCUCUCUCUCUCUAAAUAUGUACUCCAUCAUCGCCGCUCCGCCACAAGAGCCACCGCCGGAGACCUGCAGUCAAGGCCACCGCUCCACCCUCAUACUCCCAACGGCGGAAGGCGGCUCAAUCUGCCUCCUCUGCCUCUCCAAUCUACUCUCCAACCCCAAAUCCCCCACCGUACACGUGUCCUACGCCCUUUCCCAGCUUUCUCAAGCCCUAUCUCAGCCCCAAUUCCUCCACUCUCUUCUCACCUUCCACCCUCACUUCCUCAUUCCCCCACUCGUUUCUCUCUUAUCGAACUUCGACGAUGAGCCCAUUGCCAAACAGACCAUCGAUUUGAUCCAGACGUUAUGCGAUGGCUCGAGCAGUAAUUGUAAUCGAAACCAGGAAGUGCGCAAUGAGUUCGUUGCUAGGGUUUCCGAUUGUCUCUCCAGCGGUUCGUUGGCUUGGAGCCGUCGCCAGAUGUACAUGCUUCACUGCUUUGGUGUUCUCUUGGAUAAUCAGGACUCUAAUUUGUAUACCUCCAUUAAAAACAAAGAUGCCCUCAUAUUCAACCUUGUCACAGGUCUUCAAUUGUCAAAUGACGAGAUCCAAGGGGAGAUUAUGUUUGUUCUGUACAGAUCAUCCCUCCUCCAUUAUACAUAUAUGGAUGAUAGUGGCACUGAUUUCUUGCUUGCCUAUUGCCCCAAGCUUUUGCACAUAUCACUCGACAUCCUAAUGAAAACUCAGAGUGAUGACGUACGGCUUAACUGUGUAGCAUUUUUGACGGUGUUGGCUCAGAGAGGGCUCUUUCAGAGUGCAUGCUCAAAUAUUUCAUUUGAAGCUGAUAACUUCAUGCAAACAACAGAGCAUGUGAUAGAUGGACCAUCCUUAGAAGUUUUGUUUGCGGAAGCAGUUAAAGGACCCUUGCUUUCUUCAGAUAUACAAGUUCAGAUUGCCACAUUAGAUUUAAUCUUUAAGUAUCUUUCAUUAGAAGAGGUCUCGGGGAAAGAACGCCAAGCAUUCAUUGAAGAAAAUGUAGCAGAUUACAUAUUUGAAAUACUGAGAUUAUCAGGAAGCAGAGAUUCAAUAGUCAACUCUGCCGUUCGGGUUCUUGAUCUUUUAUCAAAUGAUGAGCAAACCUUCAGACAGAGACUUGCCAUUGGGUUCUCAACUCUGGUACCCAUUCUGCGCUAUGUAGCUGAAAUUCCCUUUCAACCUGUACAAUGUCAUUUGCUGAAGCUCAUUUUAAACUGUGUUACAAACUGUCCUGGAGUAGUAUCCACCUCCAGUGGUGAAGAACUAAGUAGUAUCCUAUCAGGAAUGUUUAAGAAACAUAUUGAUGGUGAUAUAGGGAUUCUGCCAGAGACAUUUACUCUGUCAUGCUCAAUAUUUGUAGCUAUUAUGAAAUGUACAUCCUCUCGUGGGAAUCCAAGUUUGGCAGCAUCAAUUGAAGAUGCAUCAAGAUCUGCAAUCUCCACUUGUUUAAGCAAUAUCCAUUUUAGCACCGAUCAAAUUUUGCACUGUCUUUACCUACUGAAGGAAGCAUAUGCAUAUGAUCAAGAAAGUAAUUUCCCUGUUUCUUCCAAGGUGGGACUACGUUUUUGUGUUGUAGACAUACUUAAAUCGAAGAUUUUACCUUGGUUCGUGACAACGAUCCAUGAUAUGGAAGAAGAAGAUGUUGUCUUGGGAGUCAUUGAAACUUUUCAUUCGGUGCUGCAUGGUUCUAUCGUUGAGGGCAAGAAUUUGGCAGAGUCUCUGUGUUCAUCUUCAUGGUUUAGUUCAUUGUUUGGAUGCUUGGGUUUGUUUCCAACAGAAAAGAUGAAAUGGAGGGUUUAUAUGAUCUUCAGUUCAAUUAUAGAUGUACUUCUAGGGAGUGACUCUGGACAACCUAUCAGGGAUUCCACUUUCCGUUUGCCAUCCGACCCUACAGAUUUGCUAUUUCUUCUUGGUCAGAAGAGUUCACAUAAUCCAGAGUUGUUUGAUUGUCAAUCUGCAGUUCUUCUGAUACUGUAUGCUAGCUCUUUGUAUACUGACAGGAUUGCAGAUGACAAGUUGGUACUAUCUUCUCUGGAGCAAUUUAUUUUACUCAACAGCAAUAAUCUCCUUUGUGGAGCCUCUGCCUCAGUGACCGUAGAAAUUCUAGUAAAUCUUUAUGGAUUUUACCGAGGAUCUGCCAAGAUGAGCUACCAAUUACCUUACAGCCCAGAAGCUGAAAGAAUCCUCUUUCAGCUAUUGGCCGAAAAGGAGUGGGAUUCUCUUUCUACAAAGAUCCACUUGACGUCACUCGGAUGGUUGUUUCAACAAGAAAAACUCUGCAAGUCGUUAGCUGAUCAAAUAUUGAAGUUCUGUAGAACCAACCCCUUAAUUGCUAAUGAUGUAGUUCUUGAUCACGAAAUUAGCCACAAAGUUGAUUUGCGUGUGCUGGCUGAGUUGAUAGCAUCUGAAAACAACUUUGGAGCAAUGAUUUUAGUUUGCUUAUUGGGAGAUCUUGUAGAGAAUGGCUGUCAAGAGUAUGACAUGAUUUCAGUACUAAAAGCAUGUACGAAAAUAAUUGAAAUUGCUCCAGCUGCUUCAGAUCAGUUCUGCAUGCAUGGGAUAGAUGUUGUGCUCCAAAACAUUUAUAACUACUCGACGUACUCUUUCCCAGAAUUAUUCAUGGCAUCAUCUCAACUUGCUUUAGUUAUUCUGAAAUCAGCACGUUCUGAAUCAAUGUCUACUAACGAAGCUUGGACAGGGAUUACGAUGAAGUUAAUGGAUUACCUGAUCCCCACUGUGGAUUCAGAUGGAUGGACAGAAGAAGUUCUCACAAUAAUUGGCAUUCUUUCUCUGAUUUUGCACCACUCAACAAACGAAGCACUCAUAGAAGCUUCAAAAAUCAUAGUUUUGAAUGUUCCUUUGGUGUCAACAAUUAAUACCGCAAUUUUUGAAGCCUGUUCGAAGGGACACGCUCUUUUUGACCAUGACGAGGGAACAAGAACUGGUGAAGUUCUUAUAUUUGUGCUUUUGCUCCUCUUCUUCUCUAUGAGAAGGUAUGCAAAUCGGAGAAAUAUAUUAUCCUUUUUUUUUGGGUAUUAUUCUACACUGACUUCAUUCGCAUGGCAGCUUGCUAACUAUUCUACCAGGUAUUAUCGAUUUCCAAACUUUGCUUACGAGGGUAAUGAAAGGCAGCCAUUAUCCUACGUCAGCAUCCGAUGCCACGACUUGUGCAAGUUGAUGCAUUUUGGAUCUGCUCCAGUAAAACUAAUAGCUUCAUUUUGUCUUGUGCAACUAUUCACCGGAAUAUCAGAAUCCACAAGUACAGAACCAGUCAAUUUUAAAUUCAGACAAGGGUACCUAUUGUCGAUAUCAUCUGUACUAGAAGGCCUGAUAUUUUUCGGCGACGUAAGAGUUGCGCUGAACUGUUCACGAUGUUUAUCGACCCUAAUGACAUGGAAACAACUGAAAAUUGAAUCGAUGGACGUUUGGUGUAGGUUGAUAGUAGAGGAGCUAGUGAUGUCAUUGUCGACACCAAGUGUGACAUCAAAAUCUUUCAUGAUUCAUCACAAACCCGCUGCUAAUAUUGCAUCUGCACUGCUAAAACUGGGCAAAGCUCCUUCAUGGAUGAAUAGUGUGUUCGAUGAUUCUUCUGUACGUAGUAUCAUUCAUAACAUGUCUGCGAGCAAUUUGAGCACUGAGUUAGUGGCUUUAUUUCGAGAGCUUCUCGUUUCUGGUCAUCUCAACUCUGCACAUAUUGCUGAUCUGAAUAGAGUAUUCCAGGCAUGCAGGAGAUAUAUUUACGCGGAUGAAAUCGACGAUAGCAGCAUAGAGGAUAAUAGAGAGAAGAUUGCAGUUAACGUAGGUUUUGUAGGGAAAGUGCGUGCCUUUCUCGUGGGACUUGUGCCUGACAUAUGGAGGUCUCAGAGCAGGAAGAAAGAAAUACUAGAAGAAAUAGAAUUAUUCACCAAAUGCUUGAUGGAAGAGGAUUAA